AGGAACAAGGCACCAGUAACCAGUUUUAUCGCAUUGUAUCACCACAUAAGUAUGUAAUUACCACCCACUUCCACAUAUGUCGCAGACUUCUUCAAAAGAUAAAUAUAUGUCCUUGUUUCUGAAGUACUGAAUUAGAUUAUUUUUUGUUUUGGAAAAAAAAAAACCGUUUAAAAUUUUUAAUCGAAAGUUUAUUAAAGCAGAAUACAAUGGCUAACUUCGAGAAAACUAUUGAGUUAGUUGCAUGUAAAAGCAAAUCCGAUUUCUCUGAUAUAGAUUUGGAGACUUACCAUUUGCCAGAAAAUUACCAAGGGAGUAAAGUCUCGUUUAAUUUAUUGAACUUGAAGCGAUUGGUCAAGGCCAAAUCAAAGAAGGAUCAAACUGAAGAGGAAGUGAAGCACGUGGAAUCAAAACUUGGUUAUUUGUUUAGAAAUUACGAACACAUUCUUCCCACAAGUCUUAAAGAGGAGAUCGAUUAUUAUGAGAAAAGAAAAGAAAAACAUGGUGCCAAAACGGUUGAGGGCAGACAGGAACCAGAAACAGAAAACAUCACCAAACAAAUAAAAGAGGAUAAACUUAAACGAAAACUAAGCACCGGAUACAUAAAGAUGAGCCAUAAGAAAGUUACCUCAACUGAACAUAAACGGAAAGUAAGCACCGAUGGGAUGAUGUACAAAGGGCAUAAAGAAGGAGUAAAAAUAGUGUUACAUGAGGUAAGUGAAACAUCAUCUAAACAUGAAGACGAAGAAGAAAAGAAGAGUGAAACGGGUAAAGCUAAAGCAGGCAAAGAGCAACAUUUCUUGGCGACAAUAUCAAAACCCGACAAUGAGAGAUUUGAUGCAAUGUUAGAUAGACUAAGCAGCAAUGAAUCGUCAAAAACGGAGAAAUCAAAGGGAAGAAAAUAUUCAUUCCUCCCAGUAGAACGAAGACGAAAACUCUUGAGGAAAAUGUCUGUCCCGCUUGAUUUGGGUACUAUAGAUCGUUUGAGGACGAGAAGACGAUCCAUCGCCGCCUCUGUUCCGGAAAGAACAGCCAAUACUUCUACUGGGUCUAAGCGGAAAUCUCAAACACCGUAUAUUGAUAUUACAAGCGUUGAAUUGGACAUCAGAAGAAUGCGGGCUUUAAAACGCUUCAGAAGGGCUGUUAGACGGGUGAUCACGAUGCGCAAAAUUACGGACGCCAUCAAAAGAGAAGUCCACCCGGAUACAGCAUUCGCUCACAUUCCAUGCGAACAAAUCGAGGAAGGCUCACAAAGUUGGUUAUUUGACGGAUCAUUGUGGUUUGAUGCAUCUUAUUUCAUAAAGAGAAGGCUUACCCUUAGCACUGAAGUGAAAAACAUUUUGCGUCUUCCGCCUUUUAUGCGGGCUCCAGAACAGGUCCAAUCGGUAAUAUAUGCAUUACAAGAUUUUGUAGCUUUCUCCGAAUACCCAUUGCACCUACAGGAGAAAAUCGCCAAAGUGGCUUGGUAUGAAAAAAUUCCGGCCAGGCGAAUAAUAAUUCGACAGGGACACUAUGCAGAAGCCUUCUAUUUCGUUCUCUCUGGAUUAGCGGUGGUAACAAUCAUGGUUGGUUCAAAUGUUAGAACAGCCACAGUUCUAAGAAGUGGAAUGACUUUUGGGGAGCUCGGUCUUCUUCGACGCAGUCUGCGAACGGCGACCGUGACGACCCAUAGGACGAUGGAACUUCUGAGUAUCGGGCGAGGGGAUUUCUGCGACAUCUAUCUGGAGUCUCAAACAGACGAAAUACCCGAACACGUCUCCUUUCUCAGUACGUGUGAGUUUAUUAAGGACUGGCCUAUCGAAGAACUACUUGAAAGACCAGACAUGUGUAUGCUUAAAUAUUUCAGACGACAUGUUCUAAUAGUCGACGACAGCGUUCAAUCGAAGUGGUUGUAUAUUGUGAAGUCUGGUUCGUGCGUGAUUAUGAAGACAUUAAAAGGGGUCAUUGCUCGUCGGAGUAUACCGAGGAAGUUAACAAAAUGGGAUGAUGGGGCUUGCAUGUCCAGAUUCGUCCUUGGCGGCACAGGUCCUAAAAUCGACUCUGGGAUACCUCAUAGAAAGACAGGGUCUAUUUCCCCAUGGCCUCGGACUCCACCAAUACAGUCUGAGAUUUCAGUUACAGUGGAAGAUGCAGAAAGCGAAGUAGGAGAAGAAAACGAUGAAGAACAGGAAGAAAACGAAGAACAAGAAGAAGAAGGAGAACUGGAAGAGGAGGAAGUGGAGGAGGAGGAGGUAGAUGGUGAAGAAGAAGAAGAAGAAGAAGAAGAAGAAGAAGAAGACGAAGAAGAAGAAGCUGAAAAUGGAGAAAAUGGAGAAAAAAAGGAAGAGAAAAGCAGUGAAAGACAGAACAACGAAGGAGUGAAAGAAACAGAAGUAAAAGAAACGAGAGGAGUAAAACAUGUACGAAUGAAAAUAGCAGAAGAAGAAAAGUCAGAGCAAAACAAUAGUGAAAACAUGAAGAGCAGAAAAGAGAAAAAUGUAAAAGAGAAAAGUUCUAACAAGUUUUCUAAGAAAGCAUUUUAUCCAAAAGACAAAGCUCACUUUUCUGCUAAGCGCAAAGUGUAUGAGGUUCCCCAAACAUGUCUGCCAAAGAUUCCGUCGAAGAACAAAAAGAAGUCCGUUAAACCGCCAGAUGUCUAUAUUCGCGUGAAAGUGCUCAAACCCGGAGAUGUUUUUGGUUUAACUAACCUGGUACUGGACGAGGAUCCAACUGGCGUCAGUAGGUGUAACACAUCUUUCAGUUUGGUCAGCCAAGGAGCUGAAUGUAUCAUGUUGAGCAAGGAAUACUUCUUACAGCACGCCAACCAAGAGGUGAAGAAGCAGUUGUGUUUAUAUCUCCGACCGUAUCCAACUGACAGAGUCUUUCAGCAGAAUCUGCAGAUCAGUGAGGAUUGGGAGCUGUACAAACACUGCGUGGUGGAAGACAUAAUGAAGGGUUAUGCCAGGCGGGAAAGGAAUACUGCGAACAAACAACAGCCGAGGAGACUGUAAACGUAAUGGGUUGCCAGACGAGAAAGGAACACUGGGAACGUACAACUGCUGCUCGAGACUGUCAACUUAAUGGGUUUAUUUAAGCGUGCGUGCAGGAAUAUUAGACUGUACAAGCGAGGUUCAUAGAGGGGUCGAGUCAUGCUCCCCCGAAAAUAUAUUGAAAGUUUCUUGAGUGAAGGGUCCACCCUGAUCACGACCCCCAACCCCACCCAGCACAAGCGCCUGUUAUUAAAUAUUUAAUACAGGUCUAUUUCAGAUGGUAUAAGAAUCCAAAAACAGGUUUGUGUAUUAAAAAAAAAGAAAAACAUAUUUAUUCGAAAUCUCAGCGUUUUAUGGGUAUUUUUCAGACAGGAGAAGAAUUACGAGAGCCAUGCAUAAAGAGGAGGAAAUAUAAUACUGUAACACAAUCGUGUAUUGUGUGUACGGUGGAUUCCUGACAGCUGUUAAUGCAAUUUCAUUAUCUGGCGUCUGUUUUUCCUCAUCUUGUUUUUUUCUCUGAUAUAUGUCUGUGCCUAUAUCGAAUUAAGGUUGAGGCACGCUGCAGUAACACACUUCUCAGCUAUCGGGUCUAUCCAAGACGGGUUAAUGGUCAGGUGUUGCUGAACUGACGUCAAUUACAUCGAAUGUAUUGGUUGAGUAUACAACAAAGGAUCCCAGUCCUAGGGUCCCUGUCUUAGAGUUGAUACGAAAUAAGACGGCAACAUAAUAUUAUGAAAGUGUGGAAAACACCCUGAAACAAAACCUAUAGGCAUUCACUCAGAUGUCUUCAGUUGUUCUUCGUGUAUUAUAGAUAUGUUUGCCAUGUUUUAUUGUUAAACAUACAUCUUUUAUCAUUCUUGCGGUUUCCUAGUAACGUCUUGCGAACUGAUAUUCGGUGCUUGUCAGACAUCAACCAUCUGUGUGGAGAAAAAGUGUAAAUAAUAUGAUGCCUUAUUGAACGACGCUAUAGGUUAAAUCACAGCUUAAGCUCACCGUAAGGUCUGAACGUAGCUUUAGAGGUCGUAAGAACUGUAGCUGCAUUUAAGGUUUGUUAUUGUAAAUUAGAGGUCAGGUCAUGCCAUAGUGUUUAACGUGCACAUCCAAAACAAGCUGUUGUGGCGUAUGCCUGUCUUGGGCGCAGGUGUCGGCUUUUGCCGGCUCCUUCGUCUAGGCCAGCAACAAGGUAUAACCCGAGACCAGACUUGUAUAUGACUUGCUCAUACGCCAGAGGUGACAUCGUUUGUGAUGUAGGAAUUAUGGAUCUCGGUGGAUCCGUUGUAUUUAUUCUGUUAAUACUAGUUUCCCGCGUUUAGUACAUUAUAAGUCAUAGUAUAUGUUGUCCCGUCUGUGGGAAAAUAAAUAUAGAGAAAAAACAUACAUCGCUACUGUUCGGUAUGAGAAGAUUGUGUAGCGGCAGCGAGUUUAAGAGCCAGGGUAGACGCCAGAUACAUCAUUUUACUUCCAUUUUGUGUGGUACGGGUUUAAGUGUCAUUAUGGUUUGGGAUGUAACCUUGACUUGCUGUGCCUCUAAACUAUCUUCGACACUAAUAAUUGGGUUUUAGACCAGGAUGUUUAUUAGUAUUUCGUUUUCUAAUGCUUGGUGUCUUUAGAAGUUCUUGUUUAUAUUUUUUUAAAACCUUUUUUGUGUGUUUAUUUGUUUGUUUCUUUUGGGGGUUUUUUGGGGGUUUUUUGUCUUUGUUUUUUAUAUGUUUUGGGUUUUUGUUUUUUUGCGAGUUUUUUUUACAGAUGCAUCGAUGCCAUGCCUCGAAAUAAAUUUUAUCUUGACCCUUAAUGUAUAGUAGUAAUCUAUGUUUUAUGUUCUACACAUCAAUCUAAAAACUGGUGAAUAAUGUAGGGGACAGUUGUUGUUUGUUUAUUUGUAUGUUAUUUAUUUAUUUAUUUAUUUAUUUAUUAUUUUGUAUUAUUUUUGCCUGUUUUCUAUGCAUAUGCAACAAUCAUGAUUACGUUUGUACACCUAAUGUUAAGGAUAAACGCCAAUAUGCUGUGUGUGUGUGUGUGUGUGGGUAUUGUACAAAUACAAUGAUCAUGUGCUAAAAUUGGACCAUUAACAUAAAGGAUGAACACAACAAAUUAAUCAUUUAUAUUUUACUGUGAUUUUAUAUGUAUUUUGUUGUUGGAUAAUGGAGUAUUUUGUGUUUUUUGUUGUUGUUUUGGGGUUUUGUUUUUUUCUUUGGGGUGUGUGUGUGGGGGUUUUGGGGGGGAGAGCGGUUGUAGGUAGGUUUGUUGUUGGGUUUUUUAUUUUAUUUUAUAUCUAAUGUUUAAAGUAAUAUUUAUUUGAUACUCGCAAAUGUUUAGUAAUAAAAGAUGUGAAGUUGUU